AUGAAGUUCGCAGCGCUGCUGCCAGCACUCGUCUCAUGCUUGUCCUCGACGGUGGCAGCAACCUCCUUCGACUCUACCCAAGUGUCCAAGAUCUCGCUGCCCUCUACCUUCAAGCCUCCUCAGGUCUUCAAAAAUGCCAACUUAGUACAUAUUAUCACACUUGAGAAGAACUAUGCCAAGGAGAUUAUCAACACCAAGGUCGAGAAUAUAGCCAAGGAGCCUCAGGAUGAGUACUUCCUCCCCUUCACCCCGGAUCAGAUGUCCAGGGUGGGAGGCCUGGAGGUCAAGGACAAGAAGAAUGCAGAUGCAGGACCAUUUGCGGUAGAGGCUGUUGAGUUCGACCCAGAGAGCACCGUCCAAUACUACCGGAUCAAGUUCCCUGAACCUCUGAAGGCAGGAGAGGAGCAGACUCUCUCCAUCAGCUACUACUACACCGAUGCUUACAGGCCUCUGCCCGCGACGAUCUCCCAGGAGGAUCCUCAGUUCCUCGUUUACUCCUUCUCGGCGUACUGCCCAUCGGCCUACACGACCUCCAAACAGAAGACUGAGGUCAAGGCGGCCUCUUCCAAUAUCCCCGACUAUACAAAGGUCCCUGGAAGCGGUGAUGUGGCCGAGUUCCCCACCAAGUCGGGCACUAAGUUGACCUAUGGUCCCUACGACGAGAAGCCUGCGGGCGCCGAACAGCCUGCGACGGUCCGGUUUGAGUUCACCAAGCCAGUCCUCCACGUCUCGGAGCUGGAGCGUGACGUCGAGGUGAGCCACUGGGGUGGGAAUAUCGCCUUCGAGGAGCGCUACACAAUGUUCCACCGCGGCGCCAAUCUCUCGUCUCUCUUCAGCCGGGUCAAGUGGCAGCAGGCGCAGUACUACAACCCCAACACCUUUGCGCUUAAGGAGCUCAACUUUCCGCUCCCACCGAGCAGCGCAGACGCGUACUACUAUGAUAUCAUUGGCAACAUUUCGACGUCUCGGUUCCGGACUGGCAAGAACGAGGCACUCUUGCAGACAAAGCCUCGCUAUCCCAUCUUUGGCGGCUGGAAAUAUCCCUUCACCAUUGGCUGGAAUGCGGAUGCCAAGAACUUCCUUCGCAAGGCCACUACUGGAGGCUAUGUUCUCAACGUUCCGUUCCUCGAGGGCCCCAAGCAACCUGAGGGUGUCGAGUACGAGAACACCGUGGUUCGCGUCAUCCUGCCUGAAGGUGCCGAUAAUGUCAAGUAUUACACCGACAUCCCAGAGUCGGCCAUCACCAGCGCCGACGUCGAGAUUCACAAGACAUACCUGGACACAAUCGGCCGCACCACCCUGGUGGUCAAGGCGCGCAACCUGGUUGACGACUUCCGCGACCGCAAGCUGAUCGUCUCAUACGAAGUUCCCUUCCUGGUCAGCAUUCGGAAGCCUCUGGUUAUCUUUGGCAGCAUGGUCGCGACCUUUAUCGCCGCGUACAUCAUUGGCGGCGUGGAACUGAAGAUCACAUCUAAAGCUAGGUAGAUGAGGGUUGUCUGGGGUUUUUCUUCAGUGGUGGAGCGAAAGAGCACGCAUUGCGGAGAUGAUAUCCUCUUUUUCGUACUGUAACAAUAUCCAGGGAAAGGGUCAGGACACAAAAAGUCAACAAAUGGCAUACCAAAUGAUUCAUGAUCGA